AUGGAUCAUCUGAGGCAAUUUAAUGUCGAUCUUCCGUCGAAGAUUCCAUGUCAUGUUAGUGGUUAUCAGCUUGAGGUGGACAAAGAUACUGAUGAAGUAUACACCAAGAUUACUUUGAUGCCGGACUCCAUGAAAACUGCAAUUCCUAUUCCCAAUAAUGUCAACCGUCGAUUGCCAGUAGUUCGUUCUUUCACAAAGGUCCUAACUACAUCAGAUACAAACGGACAUAGUGGAUUAUCUGUGCUGAGAAGACAUGCAACUGAAUGUCUUCCUCCGCUGGAUAUGUCACAACCAACACCGACUCAAGAGCUAGUCGCUAAAGAUCUCAAUGGUUAUGAAUGGAGAUUCAAACAUAUUUUUAGAGGCAAUGAAUCAUUUAUCUGA